AUGUCGCAGGGUUGGUCUUCGUGGAGAAUAAUCGCUGGCGGGAGCGCCGUAGCUUGCGCCCUUGCUGGCUACUUUGCGCUGCUUGAUCAACCCAUCGAUCCGACAGACUACGCUCUGAGGACAGAGAGGAUUCUGAGUACUACACCUCUGAUCGAUGGGCACAACGAUCUUCCGUACCUGCUUCGCGUUGAGCUCCAAAACAAGAUCUACGACAAUAAGACCUUUAGUUUCCGCAAUGGCUUGGCAAGUCACACCGACCUAGAGCGGAUGAAGCAAGGCCGAGUUGGAGGCCAGUUCUGGUCGGCGUUUGUGGAAUGUCCCGACAUCGAGGACCUCGACGACGCGAGCCACAGCGUUCGUGAUACGCUCGAGCAGAUCGACGUGACUCGGCGCUUCAUCUCGGAGCUCGACGAGUUCCAGUUCUGCGACACCUCGUCAUGUGUCAUGUCGGCUUUCAAGUCCGGACGCGUCGCAUCCAUGCUUGGGGCGGAGGGCCUGCACCAGUCCGGGUCGUCGAUCGCGGUGAUCCGCCAGCUAUUUGAUCUGGGCGUGAGAUACAUCACGGUCACGCACAACUGCGACAACCCGUAUGCCACUGCGGCAUCUACAGUGACCGCGACGGGGAAAGACGCUGGACUGACCAAGUUUGGGGCGGCCGGCAUCCGGGAGAUGAACCGGCUGGGCAUGAUGGUCGACCUCUCCCACGUGUCCCACCAGACGAUGCGGCAAGUCCUGGACAUCACUGCGUCGCCUGUGAUGUUCAGCCACAGCACAUGCUACGGUCUUGCAGCAAACUACCGCAAUGCCCCCGACGAUGUCAUCGAGAGGCUGAAGGCGAACGGAGGUGUUCUCAUGGUCAUGUUUGUCAAGCGGUUCCUCGACGCAACCAACCCCGACAGGGCAGACAUCGAGAGGGUCGUGGACCACAUCAUGCACAUAGUCAAACUUGCCGGGUGGGACCAUGUUGGCAUCGGAGGAGACUUUGAUGGCACGGUCACCCUGGCCAACGGCAUCGACUCUGUGGCGGAUUAUCCCAAGCUCAUUGAAGCAGUGAUGAGACGCGGCGCAACAGACGAGCAGAUCAGGAAGCUCGUCGGAGAGAACAUUCUCAGGGUCUGGCGUGAGAACGAGAGAAUUGCGGCACAGCUGUCGAAAACGAUGCAACCAGUGGAAGAAACAUGGGACGGAAGGAAAUACAGCAGAUGGGACAAUCCCCUGCCGCUCAUGAUACCGGGAAAUCAGCGCCGGAUUCCAGCCCCGAAUUUCCCCUGA